AUGAAUCAAAAAUCUGCUUAUUAAUCAUCUUUUGGUGGUUUUACUUCCAUAGCAACAAUCUUUCUUGUGUUUUUAUUUUUUUCAACCAAUUUCGUCGAUUAUUUGACUGGAAAAAAUAUCAUAACUAAACAAACUUAGGUUUAUGAUGACAAUCUAUAAAAUCUGCAAUUAGAUGAUCAAGAUUUUAUAAUGGCACUGGGAAUUGAAUAAAAUAACUUUUUAAGCCAGCCAUACUUUACUCUAAAUUUAUAAUAAAGGUAAUACAUUUAUGAAUUAAGUAAGACAGUAUGAAAGACUUUCAAAUGGAACAAUUAUAAAAAAUAUUACUUCACUUCCUUUAGUCCCAUGCACCUUAGAGCGUUUCCAGUCAAUUUUCAAGCGCUAUGGUUAAAACUUUACAAAUGACUUUGAGAGGCUCUAACUCAAAAACUUGCUUUGCCCUUAGUAAAACAUUUGUAUAUACUUUUUUAGAAAUUAAAUAAGUAUGAAUAUUGGAGGUACAUUUACAUGUAUAUAAUUCAUAUAUAAUAAGCUAAUAAUUUUAACUUUCUUAAAAUUGAAGUUACAUCAUGCAAUUAAAGUGAAUAUACUGAUAGAAGAUGUGCAUCAGAGGAUGAAUUAAAAAAAUAAUUGGAAGAGAAAGGUACAUUCAAAGUUUAAGUGUAUUUAAUAAAUAAAGUAAUAUUUAAAUAUGAAAAUAGGUUAUAAAUGCUAAUAAAAUUGGAUCAGACUAUGUAUCUAUAUUUUUGGAUGAUCGAAGUUAUUUAUCAUUUGUACCUAAACAAAUUAAUAAAUAGUCAAAUAUAUACUUUAGAUAAUAUUAAUUCUAAAAUAAUCUUGAUCUGUAUCCAUUUAAGUAAAAUAUAUCAUUAUUAAUUUAAGUGAAGAUCAAAAUUCUAAUUUUAUAUCUAUAGAUGAUACAUAGACAAAAGAAAUUACUGAAUUAGGAAGAGAUUCAGAUACUGUUUAUGCAGCAUUCUAUUUUCGUAAAAGUCCAAUCACUAAUUUGAUUGAGAGAAAGAAUUAAAGCAUAAUUGAUUUAUUAUCUUAAUUGGGAGGUUUACUUUAAAUUUCAUUGAUUGUUAUGGGAUUCAUAAUAUCAGCAUAUAAUAAAAUAACAAGUUAAAAUUGUUUAUAAAUUAAGUAGUGCUUGUGGAAUUAUCAAAUAAGGUUUAUGAGUUCAGUACUGAUAUCGAAGAAUAAAAUAAAUAGCAUUAAUAAAAUUUAAAAUUAAUUGAUUUUGUUUAAGAAGAUAAAUAAUUUAGACAAGAGUAUUAUGUAAAUAGAGAAGGCUAAUAAUAAUAAAUACCUUCUAGUAAUAUUAGACAUAAAAACAAACUUCUAAGACUUUUUGGGAAGAAUUAAUCUGAUAAACACGUUAUUUUGAUAGAUAGACCACCUACUGAAAAUAAUGAAUUUUUAAAUUAAGGUUCAAAUGAUAAUGAAGAUAAGAGUAAUUAAAUUACAUAGUAGGCUAUAAAGGAUUAAAAUAUUUUAGCUUAAUAGAUUAAUUGUGUAAAUGGAUUAGAUUAUUUUAAAAAAUAAAUCACUUUAAUUUUAAAUAGAUCAUAACCAUUGUGUUUUAAUAUAAAGAUCUUUUUAAAUUAACUGUGUUUAAGAAAGGCUUUUUAGAAUUCACUUUCUGUAUUAUUUUAUAAUUAAGCAGUGUAUAAAUAUUUAUAUAAUAUUAGUGAUAAAAUUAAUGAAUAAUUAGAUGUGUUUAAUAUUUUGACUAAAUUGAAUGAAAUUGAUAAAUUAAAAGAAAUUCUUCUUUCAAAUUCUUAGUAGUUAUUAUUUGAUUUCGCAGCAAAACCUAUUAUUUCAAUGAUUGAAGAAAAAGAAAUACCUUGUUCUAGAACAUUUCUUGAAGAGAGAGCAAGAACAACGUAAAUAAUAUACAAUAAUAAUAAAGGGUUGAAUAGAAUAAAACAUAAAGUAUCCGAAGAAGUUAAAUAAUUAAAUAAAAUUAAAAAACCUUGUUUCGUACUCAAAGUCUUGAUAGAGAUAAUCGAAUUUAUAAAAGAAUAUAUAAAGUAUUUGAAUAAAUAAAUUAGGCAUAUGAUUUGAUAUAGUAAUAGAUAACAGAAGAAAAUCCUCAACGUGAUGUUAAUCAAAAAUUGAUUAAAAAACUUGGAGAAGAAAUAGAGGCUAUUUUCAAAUUGUCUAAAUUAUUAGAUUUUAACGGCAUUAAAAGAUUGAAAGCUCAUUCAAACAUAGAUCAAAUCUGUAGAAAUACUCAAAUUCUACCUGAAAACAUGAGGUUUAAAUGA